CGGAGUUGCCAUGGUUACAGGCGCCACGCUCUGCGCGGGCCGGCGUGCGCUUCUGGGGCGGGUAGCGGGCUCCGGAAGUGUGCAGCUGCCCGGGACCAUGGCGGUGCUUGCUGCUGGGGAUGGCGGCUUGCUCGGCCGGGCGACUAGUUCUGGCCUGGUCAGUCGGCGGCCGACAUCCUGUCUGGGGCGGCGUCCCACAGACGGUAAACCCAGGUACCUUCUGUGUGACUUCAACCCUCCAGAGGGCUUCAACCUCCUUAGGAACGUCUGCAUCCACAUUGCCUUCCUCCUGAAGACCCUGCUGAAGAUGGAGGAGCCGGUACUGGUGCUAUUCCCUUGGGGCCACCUCUACCACUGGCAGAGCCCCGAUCCCUGGUCCGACUCCUUUGACCUCCCAAGUCUCAACAGAAACAUCCCUGACAUUGAGUACGAGCAGUUCGUUGCAGGCCUCUGAAUCCUCAGUCCAGGGAAGCUAAACCAUUCUAGCCUUCAUCGGUUCUGGGAAAGCAAUCUUCAGAGUGGGAAAAGACAUUGAAAAAUAAUAUUCUGUGAGUUGCAUUCUACCCUUGCCCAGAGAUGAGAAACAUCUGAAGGUGGAGGAAAACAGUUGGAGGGUUCACUUGGUGAUAAUAAUCAUAACCAAAGCAACAGCAAACCCUUACAGAACUCUGUCCUGCUGUUCCAGGAACGCUGUGUUCAUGACAACCCAAUGAGUUGGCACCACUAUGAGUUCCACUUUAAAGUGCCUGCCACCCUGGCCUCCCUGCUCAUCUGCCUCAGUCAGGAGCACCUGGACCACCAGCUCUGUAUUGCCUCGCCUCCUACCAUCAAGACGUCAAAGUUCAUUCUCCUUCCACCACCCAGUAUGGUCAUAGUAGGGUCUUCUUCUCUGUCAGCCUGAGCCAGCCACCCCCCAUUCACCCUACCCCCGGGCUCAUACCCGGGCGUGUCUCCACCCAAGGUCCAGCCUCUCUCCUUUAAGUGCCCACCUCUAGCCGUCCAGCUUCUUCUCCACCAGCCUCCCUGGCCCUCCUUCACCCUCACUGGGGCAUCAUGCGCUGACUCCUCUGCUUUCCUGCCUGUCCACGUUCCUCUUACUUCCACUUCCCCACCUUCCAGCUCUGCAUCCACAGUCAGCACUCUCUUUAUGACAGACAAAACCCCCUUGAGCCUUGACCUUUUCAGUUCCUCACCAGGCCGACUUCCAUCUCGGUUCACCCAGCUCUACUUGUUCUGAGCCUGCAGGCAGCAGGCUCUCCCAGCACAGAUUUCCAAGACUACAAAUCAAUGCCCACCAUGUUGCCGCUGCCAGGCAAUCCUCCAGGAUUUCUCUAGUGAGCACAUUUCCCCACUUAUCACUCAGUGGUGUCAACAUUCUCUGCUCUCUGCACACCUCUAACCUUCCCUCUGUCUCUUCCCUGACUCCCAGCAGAUGGCCUUGCCUCCUGCUUCAGAGAGAAUGACAUGUCACUGGAAAGGAACUGGCUCACCUGCAGCAAACCUGCUCACCUCACCUUUUAUCUGUCCCUCUCCCACCUGGACUCUAGCUGUAGUUGUUCUUAAUUCAGUGAGUUUAGUUGACAUAUAUAUACACAGUUAAAAGCAUAGCACACUAUCGGCUACCUUCUAGGGGUUACUUUUUCAAUUUAACAUGGAGUGUGUGAUUCAUCCACUUCAUUGCAUGUACCUGCAGUUCAUUUGUUUUAACUGAUCUUAAAUGUUGUGUGUGUGAAAGUAACACAAGGCAAGGGUAAGCCAGGAUUCAGGAUGCUGGUUACUUCCUGUGAGAAAAGGCCAAGAGCAGGAUAGGGAAAGAGGACACAGUAUGUCACUGUCAAUAUUCCUGUUAUGAUGCUGGGUGAUAGGUUCAUAACUGUGUCUUAUAAUAUUAAUUUUAAUACAUAAAUACCUCUGACAGGCACCUAAGAUGAGAAUGUGUCAUGAACCAAGACAUACAAUGGGUAAUAUUACAUCAUUAUUGUUAUGUAAUCUUGUUAUAUUAUAUAUUAAUCAUAAUCUUACAUUAUUUGUUAUGGGUUAUAUAUUAUAUAGAUGCAUGAAUUAUAUAUUAUGUGUAUAAACACCUACAUAUGUAUUAUAUACUAUCUGCUAAUAAAUAAACAGAAGAUAAUAUGCUAGUAUAUCUUCUAUUAUGUAUUAUUUAAUAAAUAAUAACAUACUCUAUCCUGUUAUAUGACAUGGAACAUAAUCUUUAAUAAAAUAAGAAAUCUGUCAAUAUA